AUUAUACUAGACAUUUAUUUCUAGGUGUGUGCAAUCCCUGGGAGCGUACCCAUGACCUUGACGUUGCGCUUAUUGUUUCCCACUGGCUGAGCCAAAGUAAGCCCACAUGAGUCAAUCACGUUUCUCUCUGGGGCUUACUUUUGACCAAUUGUGUUUCUCUACGGGGCUUACUUUUGACCAAUCGCGUUUCUCUAUGGGGCUUACUUCUGACCAAUCGCGUUUCUCUUCUCUGGCUUACUGUGGACCAAUCGCUUUUCUCUCCUGUUGCUUACUUUUGACUGAUCACCGACCGCUGCGCUGUUAUUGUCAUCUUUGCAAAAAGUAAGGCUAUGGUUUACUUAAUUAUUGAAUAACUUUUCCCAUUAUUAAUAUAGAACAAAACAUAUCGCUACUGAUCAGAUAAAUUAAAAUCAUCUGCUGUCCGCUAAUUAAGCUGCCAACAAUGAUGUGUGUUUUGUAUGCAGUCAUGUUUUCUGCCUAUGAAUGAAAAUACUGAUAAAAAAAUGAUGAGGUAAAAGUUUGUGAGGAGUUAGAGUCUCAGAAGAAGAAAAAUAAGGGAAAAAACUAGAUGAGAAAAAAAGUUUGUGAACAAAAAACAAGCUAUAUAAUAAACUCAUUGUUUAAAAAGAAAGCCUAGACUAAAAGUUUAAAUUAGUGUAGAGUGGAAGAAAUGUAGACUGUGAUAGACUGUGUGUGUGUGUGUGUGUGUGUGUGUGCGUGCGUGCGUGCGUGCGUGCGUGUGUUUGAGAGUUGACAUUUGAAAGUAAACAUCAUCAGCAGAACAUUCUAUCAAUGUAAGUCUAUGGUAUUUUUGGGAAGUUUGAUCUGCUGUUUUAGGAAAACCGUAAGUCUGAUCCCUUAGAAAUGAUAUAGCAACUCAAGUCACACCAGCCUGAAGAUCUGUGUGAUCUGUGUGAAAUUAAAUUAUUCCUGGAUAAAUAAAUGUAAAAAAAAAAAUAAGUAAAAAAACUGUAAUAUGGUUUACGUGUAGCUUGUUAAAUUAUUGUUACACACUAAACAUACAGGUAUCUUUCAGGUUGCUAGAGGUAAUAGUCUCUUUCUGAUUUUCAUUUCAUAAAAUGUACGCAUACCCCGUUUUUCGCCGCCAAUUGGCAACAUCAACCCGACUCCUCAUGGUGCCAUCGCCAGAGUUGAAGUGCCUUGAAAAUGUUGAGUCUGGAAGGGCCAAACCGAAUGAGCAGGUGCUGGCAGAGGCCAGUACUUUUGUCAGCACAAACGGUGUAGACCCCAGUGACCAGUUUUUAGUACUGGCUCACUGCAAACUUCAGUUUGGGAAGUACCAGGGCCAGAGAUUUAGAUGGCUCCUGGAAAACUCUCUGGGGUACGCAGUGUAUUUGAUACUCAGCAUUUCAAAUGAGAUGGCGCAGACAACCCCCCUGUCAGAAAAUAAACAACUGUUCCUACAGUACACUUCUCAUAUUAGAGAGAUGGCAGAAGAAGUGGAGAAGUAUGAGAGGAAGCAGGAAAUGCAAGCUGAAGCCCGGGCAGCUGGAGACCAGGGCUGCUUGAUGGUGGAGUUUGGUGACUUCCAGGGCCGGUCCAUGAAGGAUGUUUAUGAGGACCAGAGCAAGGAGGCCAAAGCCCUCAUCAGAUACCUGGUUAAGGCAGAUGCCAGGCCCAACACUAACAUGGCCAUUUUUAAAAGCUAUGUCCUGAAAAGACAGGCUUCUGCUGUGGGCACCAGUGUACGUCAGCCUGCACCUCCAUCUGCAACAUCCAGUGCUCCUGCACCUCCACCCGUAGCCUCUAGUGCCUCUUCUCCUCCACCCACAGCCUCCACUACCUCUGCACCUCCACCUACAGCAAUCCAAACUGGUGUACAGCAGACCGCCACUGUGAAAGCGCUGUUGGCACGUGGCAAACAUUUGUCUCCUUCACAGCUGGCCAGAAAACUCCUGUCACCAGUUAAACCCUAUCUAUCACUGAAGGUCACUUUACCUCCUCCAGCAGAAGAACUCCCAGCCAAACAUUUGGCCGGAAGGCAGCUUCUCGUAACUGACACUUCCGUUCCCGCUGCUGAAGAUGAUGCGGAGCUGGUGUUUGCUGCAUCACAAUGUGAAGCACAACUAAAUACAGAAUUACGUCACAUCAUGCCUCAAGCGGGAUGCAUUCUUUGAGUGCACUUCUUCAAACAUUAAGGAUGUCCGAAGGUGUCAUUGUAUAUAUUAGCGUUUCCGAACUAACCCAUUGUUGAACCAUCACCGGAUAACUUUUCACACUGCUUGCUUGUCUCACUCACUCUUUAGCUCCCCAUGAGCAGACAGGAUGGUGGAGAUUCAUUGUAUUAGAAAAACAGUUAAAGUGCCAUCUCAAAUUUUCUUUUAAAAUUAGCAUUUUUAUCAGGCUCCUAUGUUAAUGUUAAGCUAUUUCACUUGAAUGGUAAUGAAAAGGACCUAUUCAUUGCUAUAACUGUAAAGAAAAAUGACUGAACCGAAAUGUAAAAAAGAAAAUUCGAGAUGGCAC